AUGAGCGCGCAAGCACCGAAUUCACAUAUACUAGAAUCCAACCUUGAAGAUCCCCAAAUACAACAACUGCGACAGCCCCCGUCAUCCCGACCCAAGGAAACAUCGAAGGCGACUAAGAAAAAGAAGAAGAAUAAGAAAAGAAAGAAGCUCACCCUAACUUCCACCCGAAAGAAAAGCCAAAAUAAACGCGAAGGCGAAAACGACUGGUUCGAGAUCCAGGAUAUCAUUGACGAGAAGCUCGAGCGAGGGAAGCUAUAUUACUUGGUGGAUUGGAAGGGCACAGAUGAGACUGGGAAACCUCACGAACCGUCCUGGGUCCCUAAACAAAACUUAACAUCUCUUGCGAUACAAGAGUGGGAGGUCAGAAAAGCUACGUCUAAGCCAACUAAGGAUAAAGCUGAUGUAGCUGUUGGCGACUCUCAUCACUCCAUGUCAGAAUUUGAUACUCGUCAGCGUGAUCCUGUUUCAACAUCUAGCCGGGAUAAUCAAGGUUAUACCAAGAAGCGCCCGUUGGAAAAUCAAUCCUCAUAUGACUCUAAGUUAGGCGAGGGACCUCCAUCAAAGCUGCCGAAACUGCGACUAGCAGAAACCCCGUCGGCACUUCAUAAGAGCGCCGGUCGUGAUCUUGAACUUUCUAAGGGACCAGUAGCUGAGCCAAAGCCUUAUAAGAGUCGCAUAUUAAUACAGCUGCCUCGGAAUCCACCGUUUCCCGCAGAUCAAUACAUGCCCGUACCAACCGAUUCGCAGCAAACGGCUAGCCAGUCUUCCCAGUCUGCUGAUGCCCAGGCUGUACUAGUUCACGAAUCCGAGACUGACAGUCAAGACCAAAGGACUGUGCCCGAUUCUCAGGAAAUACACAGCGCAUUGAUCUCGGAUGUGCAUAGCAGCAUCCCUGACAACUUAAGUUUAUUUGGCGCGAGUCAACCUCGGGGACAAGCCAUUGUCGCAUCUCAGCAAGGUGGAAGACCCCAAGACACAGAGGUGCUCGGUCAUUCAACAGAAAUUCCUUCGCGUCAGCCGGACCGCCCUAACGUUGGAAACCUGGGUAACGUGUCAACUUCAACUUUUCUGAUUGGGACUGUUGUGGGUUCAACUGCAUCCGAACAUUCUCAGGGUACUAUUGGUAGAGAAAAUCCUCGGUUUAUGACACAGGAGCGCCUCGACGUUGACGCUGUUCCUCCAACAUCCCAGCCAACUAGUUUUGCAUCUACCCAACCUCACGAGUUUGCUUGGGACGAGCAUAUUUCUACGACGGGCGCUAGCCAAGAUCAUAAUCAAGAACAUUUGAUAGGUAAUAAUUCGCAGGCUGCUCAGGUUGUGCAGCCUCUCAACAGCCAACAGGGAGGGCUUGCGACAUUCACUGACGCGACAUUUACUGUUUACAACGAUUCUGUUGUGCACGACCCUGUACGAAGAAACGCGCAGGACGAACACAACCCGCAAAAUUCGAACCAGGCCUUGAGCGAAUUGGACGGUAACACUAGGAAUACAUCGUUCUCAGAAGAGCAUCAGUCUGUAUUAGAACCUGAGCUGAGUCGUGGAAACCUUCUGCAGGGCCCUCAGGAGAAAGAGGUAGAUUUUGAAGUAGAAGUACAUACUACCCAACCCACAUCACGACAAUCAGCUGCAUCUAGAAACAUGGAUUCCAACCAGGCUCCGCGAUUAUCGGCCCGCGAGAGGCUUAGAAUCGUUCGAGAACGCGAACUUGCAGCCCUUAAUAGCCUCCCGAGCUUUUGGGAAAUGAGCCAGGCUGGUGCUAGUUCAGAGAACGCUGGCACAACCUCUGCCUCUGCGGCAGAACCACUGGCAGAAGUCCACGAACCACAGGUCAUACAAGCUCCUGCUUCGCGAGAUAUAAGUCCUCUGACCCCAGUAAACCUGGCACCUCAAUCUUUCUUGGUUCCGCCUCUGGAGCCGGUUGCCAAUGAGACGUCUCCCGAUGAGCAUCCGUUACCAGUACCUGAAACUACUGAAGCACCUCCUGAGCAAGAAAGAGAGGUCGAGCCAGUAUUAGAGGAGCACGGCCAUAUUGAAACGGGUUAUAGUACCCACGAGGAAGAGCAACCGGCAACUUUGGAUCCAUCAGCUUUGACGUUAUCUAUUGAGCAUGAUAUGGACGUUGGCCCGCCGAUGCCAGUACACGAUGACCUCCACACUAACCUGCAAAUACCCGAUGAGUUUGCUCUGCCACAUGAAGAAGAAAAUCAUACGCCUCCCGACUAUCCGAGGAGCCUUCUUCCAUACAUACCUACGGGACCUAACGAGUAUCUUGUUACACUCCCAUUUUAUAACAGCUGCCGUCCUGUAUAUAAUGAUGUCCUACGCGACAAUGAGGAACUAAUCCGGGAGUACAACGCAUCGUUUCGUGUUUAUCCUCACCGAAUACCACAUCCUGCGGUACUGUCGAAAAUCAACGAGAUGUUCUCUAGGCUUUUCGACAUCUGCGAUCUACCACCUUUCAUGGAAACUACGACAACUAUGACACCCGCAGAGAUAACGAAACACGUCGUAAAUACAAAUGCGAAAUUUGCAUUUGUGGCCGAGCUGCUUGUUUACCUGGCUGAUGAGAAUUCGGACAAGAAGAUUCUCAUUCUGUCUCGUCCAGGAAAGGUCAUGGAUUUCCUUGGUAACCUUGUGGAAACAAGAGGUUACCGUUAUAUCCGAUCCGGCUUGGAGAUUGUCGGCCCUUCGAGCGCUGAGCAUAGCCUGACCGUUGCCGUUUCGUCCACCCUUGACAACUCCUCAUCAAUACCUGAGGACAUCGACGUAGUUAUAGCAUUUGACCACACAUAUCGACCUAAAGUGCUACCACGAAGGGUCCGGGAGCACGCUAUGCUGAUGGUGCUAACGAAUAUAUGUUCCAUUCAACACCUGAACAUGCGCAUCUCGGAGAAUAUAGAACCGUUAGAACGAAAGAAUGUUCUUGUCCUCGCGCUAGUUAGAGCGAUGCGGUACAUAGAGGAUGUCGACAAUUCUUUGAUAGUUAGAUUCAAUUUGGCGGCUGAGACUUUUUGCAAAUACAUACAAGAUCCAGACGACGACGAUUUCUACUGGGAGCCUUACGAAGUGCCAGAGGACGUUUUUGAGGAUCUGCACGAUGCUAGCACUCAAUCGCAAAUGUCUCAAACGUCGCAGCCCGGUUUAGAAGCUCCCGGACCCGACCAGCAUCCUGGUAGUCGCAAGAGGUCUCACGAGGGCGAAGAUGAUACCGACAUUUCCUCCAAGCGACCGAGGGUGUCGCAACCUACAGUGGUCACUCACGUGAGUCAUAUUAGCGACUCGCUGAAGGGUCUUAUAGGAGAUGACCCGGUGGAUGAGCCGUUAAAGGCAACGCUCUCAGUUUCAGUUGGUAAAUUAGAGAAUCUUUCCGCUAAGGUCACAAGCCUCGAAACCAAGCUACGAGAGAGCCGAGAGCGAGAAAAGAUUUUCCGCCGGCUUAGCGAUCGAUCGAAGAAAGAGGUCGACGAUUAUGCAUCCACCGUAAAUUUGAUGCAAGAGAAGUAUAUGGCUGCCUUAAAGGACCGUGGGACUUAUGAAGACCAGUACUAUAAGGCAAAGGAGGAAGCUCUAGCAGCUAGUGCAAGUCUCGAAUCUAAAAAAAGAGAACACAACGAGCUAAAGGAAAAGUAUGCGGAGCAGCAAAAACGGUUGUCGGCGGCGCAUGAGUCACUUCUCGAAUCUGCAAACCCGGAAGUUGUCAAGAUAACAAGACUAGAGAAGGAGCUUGAAGAGUUUAAAUCUAAGGCGCAAACCUUUGAAAAGAAGGUUACAUUGACCAAUAACGAACUGGAAUACGCCAAGAAUGCCUACCAGGACGCUUCUCAAAGAGCUGCUGAGCUUCAGACGGAGAACCGCGCGCUCGAACGGCGGGUUGAAGAACUCAACCGCAAGGCCAACGAAAACAUGGUCAAGGUGAACCAGAUCCACGCCGAGAGCGAGAGCAGGGAGCUUCUGCGGCUGCUCAACGAGCAGAAGGUCAUCGUUCGCGACCGGGAUAUGGAGCUCAACCGACUCCGGGACGAGCUGCGCAUGCUGAGGGAAAGCCGAAGGGGCACGAGACAGAGUAGCGUUCCUCGAAGUCCACGGCUGAGCGCUUUCGGCGUGAACAGCCCCCGGAACGGCGGCCGGGCCAAGGGUAGCUCCAGCAGUCGCGGCACCAGUCCUGCCCCGGCGACGGGGAUUUUCGAGGCAGGAGGGGGAGCCGGUACACCAGUUCAUAAUAAUCGGGCCUCGCAUCUACGGGAAUCUCGGUUCUGA